AUGUCGUUGUCAUCUACGCGUCUCCUUCUCCUCCUGGCCGCCGUCGCUGCAAACGUGGCCCAGGCACAAGUAGGCCCGCAAGCCGAACUUCUGCCCGCAUGUAUUAAAGCCUGCGAUCCCGCGGCCAUCGCCUCCGUGAACUGCACGAAUCCCGACCAAUACUGCCACUGUGUCCAGCAGACAGGCAUCAUCGCAAAUAUCACGCCUUGCGCAAAUGCGCGAUGCGGAAACCCGAGUCAAGAUCUCUACACUUUCACGACGUUGUUUGGAGACGUUUGUUCGAAAUUCAACAUCACUGUUCCGGUCGUCGGGAGUAAUUCUUCCGCGAACGGGACGAAUGUGACAUUUGUCCCGCCAAGUUCGACGCCGACGCCGACGAUUGUGCCUUCGAAAGGCGGAGCGGCGGCAAGUCUGCUGACGAAGGGGGAUGGAAAGGCAGUGACGAUCUUUGGGGUCUUUGUAGCGGCAUGUUGCUUCUAUGGAUUAGGUCUUUGA